AUGAAGGAAGGGAGUGCAGCUGACGCUGAGCUCCCAGGCUCUGUCACGUCGGCGGUUUCGGCUGCGGCUGCAGCUCCGGCUGGCAUUCCAGCGGGUGAUGUAUCGGCACCGGCACUGACCGUUCCAGAAGCUAAAGCUCCGCCUGAAGAGCUGCAUGCUCCGCCUGCUCCGCUCGCUCCGCCUGCUCCGCCUGCUCCGCCCGCCGCGGUCCCGACGUCACAUUCUGAAGCUCCGGCGCCCGGAGAUGCUGGAGCCAAAGAAAGUCGUGACUGCGAUUGCUGUUUCGACAAUGUUCCUGCCACCGACGGAGUUUCUUGCCCUGGCAAAGCACAUUUCUUUUGCGGGCCUUGCCUCGCAAACUUUCUUGAAGCAUUCAAGACAUCCGAGUAUGCGGAACAAAAGAAAGCAAAGGGCCGAGCUCUGUGUCCCAUGAAGGAUUCAGACACUCCAUUCGGAGACGGAGCGCUGGCUGUAUUUGUUCCGCAGGAUGUCUUCGAUGAGUAUCUGCAGAUACGGAUCAAAGUCGCUGAGCAGAGCAUCCAAGAAGAGUUCGAAAAAGAGAACUCAGCGAAGAUAGAGGAGUUGAAGGAAAAACUGGCGAAAGCCACUGGCAGCGGAGAGCAGUUGGAACUGGACAAGCAUCGCCUGAAGAUCAUCGAUGACAUAUUCACUUUGAAGUGCCCCCGAUGUAAGAUGGCCUUCUUGGACUACGACAACUGCAGUGCGAUAUCGUGCUCCGCUUGCAAGUGUGGCUUCUGCUCAUUCUGCCUCGAGGACUGCGGCAAAGAUGCACACAGUCACUUCUACAAGAAUGGCAGCAAGUGCCCCAACGAAGGUGGGCCUCUGUUUGUGCCCCACAAUGUGUGGCAGGGCUACCAGAAUGCACGCAAGGAGCGGCUUCUUUGUGAAUAUUUGGCUGGUCUUCCAGAUGAGAUGCGAAAAAAGGUGGCAGACCUUGCAGCGCCGGAUGCCAAGGACUUGGGCAUCGAGAUGCCGCAGGACCUCAGUGCGGCUGGACUUAUGCCAGAGGCACAUGGAAUCCAGCGGCUCAAGGUCACGAUUCCCCGAAGGAUGCGUGGCCUCAUCCUCCCUGUUAAGAAAGACCUGCCCUCCAAAGUGGAGCUGAAGAUUCCGGAACCUUCGGCUACUGUGCGUCUGUGCAGCCCUAUGCUGGCACCAAUCGUUGCCUGGAAGGUCACGGCUACGUCAUUCGGCAAGUCGUCCAUUGCUGCCCAUUUGCCGACAGAUCAUCAGGUGAAGAUCGAGGAUGAGUGGGUGGAAUGUCGAGGUGCCAAAGGUGACAUCGCCAAAGGCUUGAUCAAAGCUAAGCACAUUGUCGGAAUGAUAUCAUUGGGAAAGGAUGUCACGCUGAAAGAGGCCAAUGGCUGCGGCAGCGUCCUUGUACGCAAGACCGCAACGCAGGACGAAGGAAAGAAUGCUCUUGGCUAUUGGGAUGAUGGGAAGAAGGUCAAGGUGGUCAACCACUGGAUCGAGUGCUCCUGGGAAGGUGCCGGGCCAUUAAAGCGGGGCAUCGUCCAGGCCAACUGCGUUCCGGAGAACGACAUUGUUUUGCGGGGGCCGGAAGAGGACUGCCAGGCUGUCCUGAAGCUCUUCAAAGCGAAGCUCGGCUUCGACGUCGAGGUGUUUUCGCUCGGCGGUGCUAAGCCAAAGGCGGCUGGCAAAGCAAAGGCGGCCAAAGCGAAAGCCAAAGGCAAGGCAAAGGCAAAGGCAGGCUGA